AUGGAAGAAGUAAAAGAAGAAAAACCGCCUCAGCCAGUCAUGAAGUUUAUAAGCGUCAACAGUGAGAUUCUAACAGAAGAACAAAGGCAAAUGUACGAGUCGGUGCUCACUACCUGGAAACCCGUAAUGUUCCCCAAGAGAAUCAAACGAUACAUCUGCAACAAUUGUAAUAAAGAAUUCAAGAACUACCAAAAUCUCUACCUUCAUACAACGAGGGUACAUUCUUCUGAAGAUUCUGCUGUCAUAUGUGACAUUUGUGACAAAACCUUCAAGAAUAAACAUUACCUUUAUAUGCACAGAAUGAACAAGCAUUACUCAGAGAUGGAGAAGUGUUACUGCCAGUUCUGUCUCCAAGAGUUUCGUACCCGAAGAGCCCUGCAUAUGCACGUAAAACGUAUCCAUCCAAAUACGCUACCCGAAAUCAAAUGCAACGAAUGCGGCAAGGAAUUUUCUGUGCCAUAUAAGCUGAAAUACCACAUCGAUGCCUGUCACAGGAACGACAGAGAGAAAUACAAAUGUCAUAUAUGCCAGAAGCUCUAUAAAAACAUGCUGAAUUUAAACAGACAUUUGCACUUUCAGCACACUCCCGUCGAAAGACACCCUUGCGUCUUCUGCGAUCAGACUUUCAAGUCUAGACAUCACAUGAAAAGACACGUUUUAAAUAUUCAUCCACCUCUAGAAUCUAAGGUUCAAUGUCCCGAAUGCUUAAAAGAAUUCAAAAACGACCAAUAUCUCAAAGAACAUAUGCAGGUGCAUUCCUCUGCAGAUUCUAAAGUGAAAUGUGAAAUCUGCGACAAAGUUUUUCAUUCCGCCGUUCGUUUGAAGAAACACAAAAAAAUUGUUCACCCAACAAAACCAAAGCUUCGUUGCGAAAAGUGUGACAAGGAAUUCGCUCAUGCACAUUAUUUGAGACGCCAUAACAAUGCUGUGCAUUUGGAGCUCGAUGAAACAAACUACCCUCAUGAGUGUGAACAGUGCGGCAAGAAGUUUAAAUUAAAGAAAUAUUUGAACAAUCACAUUCAGAGACACGAACAGCAACAUCUUAAAAGAAUAUCGCAGAUGGUUAAAACCGUAAUGGGUAAGAAAGAAGACAAAUCUGAGGAUGAACCGCUGAAGAAGAGAGGGAGACCGCGAAAAACGAGAGAGGAAAUAGAAUUUAUUAAGUGUGAGCCAGUUUCGAGUUCCGAUUCUGAAUCAGGCGAAACGGAGAGCGAUUCAGAAUGA